GACGUAAUCUCAUUUAUGGGGGUGCGGGAGAAAAGGACUUCAGGUCCUGGAGAAUGCAUAAAUGCCCAUUGUCAUCAAGGGCCCGCUAGAGUUGAGAGGUUGAAGCAGAUCCGCAGCUCACCAAGAUCUCGUUCUCAGUCCCAAAGUACUGGUGGCAUCGGGGACAAUCACUGGGACACCCUGUCCAAAAGCGCUGGAGAGACCUCGGGGGGAGCCGCGACGAGCCCUUAUCUCUGAGCCUCAGUGGCUGCCCCAGCAUGUGCACCGGGAGCUGCGCCAAGUGCCUGGGGGGCACCCUCAUUCCCCUGGCUGUGUUCGGCUUCCUGGCCAACGUCCUGCUGUUUUUCCCUGGAGGAAAAGUGAUAGAGGACAAUAACAACCUUUCUGCGGAGAUCUGGUAUUUUGGAGGAAUCCUGGGAAGCGGGGUCUUGAUGAUCUUCCCCGCGCUGGUGUUCCUGGGCCUGAAGAACAAUGACUGCUGCGGCUGCUGUGGCAACGCGGGCUGCGGGAAGCGCUUCGCGAUGUUCACCUCCACCAUAUUUGCUGUGAUUGGAUUCUUGGGUGCUGGCUACUCAUUUGUCAUCUCAGCCAUCUCGAUCAACAAGGGUCCUAACUGUCUCAUGGCCAAUCACACAUGGGGCUACCCCUUCCACAAUGGGGAUUAUCUCAGCGACCAAGCCCUGUGGAGCAAGUGCCUGGAGCCCACGGAUGUGGUCCCCUGGAAUCUGACCCUCUUCUCCAUCCUGCUGGUGAUAGGAGGAAUCCAGAUGGUUCUCUGCGCCAUCCAGGUGGUCAACGGCCUCCUGGGGACACUCUGUGGAGACUGUCAGUGCUGUGGUGGGGGAGAUGGACCAGUUUAGUGCGCCUGACUCCCAGCACUGCCCUGCAGCAGGUGGAAGAUCCGUUAGCGUCAUCAGCGUCGUCUUACCUGCGUGGGUUGCUACUUGCCCUCUGCUUCCUCCACCAAAGCCUAGGGAAGGCAGGGUGACCCCUUCCCCUUUCCAGCCAGCUUUUGUUCAAGGCCGAAUUUUGUUAUUUUCAAAUAAAAAAAUGGUUUGUCACUUAACAAAUUCUAUUUAUAAGUCUUUCAAAUUAGCUCCUCUUGGAUUAAGAACAGGAUCAAAGCACAUUUUCCAGAUUCUUUCCUGAAGACUGUGUAAAAUGUGCCUAGGUGCAUGUCCGCCACGUGGCCUCUCUGUCCAGAAAAUGUUUGUAUUUUUGAAAGCUUUCCUUAAUUCAAAGGAGGAAAGAACAUUAAAUAUGGGGAGCCGAAUUUUUGUUUUCAAGGUUUACGGGGGAAAUGAAAAUGAUUGGUGUAUCAUAAAUGAUUUUUUUGAUGCCUUUUGCUGAGUUGUUUGAGUCUUUUGAGCCUGUUAUUUGACAGGGUUUCCUUAUGUGUAUUAAAUUAAAAUUGGAAUUUAGAGGUAAUAUAAUAAAGACUGUGUUUUUAAAAGGA